AUGAACACGAAGCCGGGAUGGUGGGAGAAGUUUAUCGGUCCAGGAAAGCCUUUGGAUACAGACAAGUAUUUCGUCAUCUGCACGAACGUAAUCGGAGGCUGCUACGGCUCGACUGGACCAUCUUCAAUCGACCCUGCCAACAGUGAGCGAUACGCGACCCGAUUUCCGAUUCUUACAAUGGAGGACAUGGUACGCGCGCAGUUCCGACUGUUGGACAACCUUGGUAUCCAGAAGCUGUAUGCGAGUGUAGGAUCGAGUAUGGGUGGCAUGCAGAGUCUGGCUGCUGGAACACUGUUUCCUGAGCGCGUGGGCCGUCUUGUCAGCAUCAGCGGAUGUGCGCGCAGCCACCCGUACAGCAUCGCCAUGAGGCACACCCAACGGCAAGUGCUCAUGAUGGACCCGAACUGGGCCCGUGGUUUCUACUAUGACGGCAUCCCUCCACACGGCGGCAUGAAGCUCGCCCGAGAGAUUGCCACAGUCACAUAUCGCAGUGGUCCAGAAUGGGAGCAGCGAUUUGGUCGACGGCGAGCAGACCCUUCUCGGCCACCGGCCCUUUGCCCGGACUUCCUCAUCGAAACUUACCUCGAUCACGCGGGAGAGAAGUGGUGUCUGGAGUAUGAUCCGAACAGCUUGCUCUAUGUCUCCAAGGCUAUGGAUCUCUUCGAUCUGGGACAAGAGCACCGUAAUCGCAUCAACGAGGUGCGAAAGGCGAACAGCGGGAAGAUGCAGGCUUAUCUGGAUGGUCACGACAUCACGUCUGACACCAGCAGCGAUGUGUGCAGCUUGACUUUGCCUGACCAGCCCUACGAAGAAAAGGAGCAGCCCGCCGACGUCGAUUCGGUGGCGCAGACCGACGGUAGCGAACCACCGGCCGAUCUCGUGGCUGGUCUGAGGCCUCUUGCGAACACUCCGACUCUUGUUUUGGGUGUUGCUAGUGACAUUCUGUUCCCUGCUUGGCAACAGAAGGAAAUAGCAACAACGCUCAAGCGCACUGGUAACAAGAAUGUUACGCACAUUGAGCUUGGCGAGGAGAAGAGCUUGUUUGGUCACGACACUUUCCUGCUUGAUCUUCAGAAUGUUGGUGGUGCUGUGCAGAACUUUCUGGGAUGA